AUGGACGGGGGAAUGUGUCCCAGGGCUCAUUUUGAUGGACUUGAGAAAAUGGAAAUCACCGCGUUGCACCAGGUUGUCCAGAGAGGUGACGAGAGCAGUGGUGAUGCCUGGGGAGCUGGCGACCGGCUGCAUUGGGCACUGAGAUGUGAGCUAUUCUCCACCUCCUGCCGCCGCUGCCCCUGCCAGAGCCGGCAUGCCAGCUCCAGGGACCGCUCGGGGCCGCGGGAGACCCGCAGGGCGCAUGGUGCCAGGACGCCAGGCCCCCGGGACGGGGAGGGACGGGUCUGCAGGGGGUUUUGGCUGCUCAUGGGGCCAGGCAGCGGCGCGCUGCCUGGGAUUCCCCGGGCGGGCAGAGCUGCUUGUUUACUCCGUGCCACCCCGGCAGCACUCGGUGCUACCUACGCCCCCGACAUCCUGUUUGGCAAACCCUUCUCCGUGCCAGGCACGUGCUGUCAUUGCCAGGGGCCGUGGGGCCGGCGCACGCGCGGCACGGCGGUGGCACGCCGGCUCUCUGCAACCCGGCGCCGGGCAGGACCCACUGCGGGAGCCGGGACAUGGACCCGGUUCGUCUCUGACGUCCUCCCGGCCGGCGGGGGGAGGACGCGGUGGAUUCGAGCCAAGCAGGGCGAUGUACCCUCUCUAAGCUGCAAGGAAAACUCACCAUCAUUCCUCGGAAAGAGCCACAUUGACCUCUUGGCAGAGCCGAGCCGGGCUCUGAGCCCAGAGGAGGACGAGCCGGCAGCGUGGACCCGAAGCGCCGAGCUCCUGGAGGACGAGGAGACCCGGCAGCUCUGGCUCGUGAGCGGGGAGUGGGGCCGGUGGCUCACAUGGACCCCGUUCAUCUUUGGCUUUGCCCUGCCUGAUGGGCAUGACCAGUAUGUGAACUUCACUGUUGCAAGACUCUUGUUUUGCAAUGUUGAGUUUUACAAGACUCUUCAGACCAUCGCUAGCUUAGGCCUUGUUGUGCAGCUGGAGGUGGGAGCCUGGAGGUACAGUUACACCGAACAGAAGGACUACACAUGGGAGCAGGCGAGGAACUACUGCCAGACCUACUUCACGGACCUUGUGGCCAUCCAGAAUAAGAGGGAAAUCGAGCACCUCAACCAGUGGCUGCCCUUCCACCGGCGGUACUACUGGAUCGGCAUUCGCAAGCUGAAUGGCACCUGGACCUGGGUGGGCACCAGGAAGGCACUGACGAAGGAGGCGGAGAACUGGGCUGAGAAGGAGCCCAACAACAAGCGCUCCAACCAGGACUGUGUGGAGAUCUACAUCAAGAGGCAGCAGGAGCCAGGGAAGUGGAAUGACGAGCCGUGCAGCAAGAUGAAACGGGCGCUGUGCUACCAGGCCUCCUGCCAGCCCUUCCCCUGCAGCCAGCGCGGCGAGUGCGUGGAGACCAUCGGGAACUACAGCUGCGAGUGCCAGCCCGGCUUCUAUGGCCGCGACUGCGAGAACGUCAUUGUGUGCCCAGAGCUCAACGCUCCAAACUGGGGAGAGCUCAGCUGCUCCCACCUCCAUGGCAACUUCACCUUCGGCUCCACGUGCGCCUUCUCCUGCCAGACGGGGUUUGUGCUGACGGGGCCGCAGAGCCGCGAGUGCACGGCCGUGGGGGAAUGGACUGGGCAAUCCCCACGAUGUGAAGCCAUCCAGUGCCCAGCACUGGCCGCCCCCGCCAUGGGCCACGCAGCCUGCAGCCACCUCCAUGGCAACUUCACCUUCGGCUCCACGUGCGCCUUCUCCUGCCAGACGGGGUUUGUGCUGACGGGGCCGCAGAGCCGCGAGUGCACGGCCGUGGGGGAAUUGACUGGGCAAUCCCCACGAUGUGAAGUCCAUGGCAACUUCACCUUCGGCUCCACGUGCGCCUUCUCCUGCCAGACGGGGUUUGUGCUGACGGGGCCGCAGAGCCGCGAGUGCACGGCCGUGGGGGAAUGGACUGGGCAAUCCCCACGAUGUGAAGCCAUCCAGUGCCCAGCACUGGCCGCCCCCGCCAUGGGCCACGCAGCCUGCAGCCACCUCCAUGGCAACUUCACCUUCGGCUCCACGUGCGCCUUCUCCUGCCAGACGGGGUUUGUGCUGACGGGGCCGCAGAGCCGCGAGUGCACGGCCGUGGGGGAAUGGACUGGGCAAUCCCCACGAUGUGAAGCUGUCGUGUGCCCGGUGCUCAGCGCUCCAAACUGGGGAGAGCUCAGCUGCUCCCACCUCCAUGGCAACUUCACCUUCGGCUCCACGUGCGCCUUCUCCUGCCAGACGGGGUUUGUGCUGACGGGGCCGCAGAGCCGCGAGUGCACGGCCGUGGGGGAAUGGACUGGGCAAUCCCCACGAUGUGAAGCUGUCAGCUGCCCAGUACUAGACGCUCCCAGCAGAGGCCAAUUAAGCUGCUCUCACUUGCAUGGGAACUUCACAUACAGCUCCACGUGCGCCUUCUCCUGCGAGGCAGGAUUUGUUCGGAUGGGAGCAGAGGUGCUCCGGUGUGCGGCCACGGGGAACUGGACCAGACGUCCCCCGGUCUGUGCAGAGGAUGCCACCUCCUUCUUGAAGGAAGUGCUGGUUUACAGCGGCAGCACUGCUCUGGUGGCAGUAGGCAUUGUGCUCUCCGGGACGCUUAUCGCCCUCCUAGUCAAGCGGCUCAGUGACAGAGAGGAGAAGAAGAAGCUCCUGAAUCCCACCAGUGACCUGGGAUCACCAGGCGUCUUCACCAAUGCAGCAUAUGACUCCAACUUGUAAGAGCCCCUGGGACGUGCCCAGGGCAGGGAUAUUGCCCCGAAGCGAAAGGACCUGACGGUACCUCACGCCUCCGCCCUUGCAGAAGCUCGCCCCCCCACCUCCGGACGGGGCAGUUACCAUCCCCACUCCAGCCAGGAGGCUGCACCCAGGCCGCACG